GCAGAACCGCAAGUACGUCAACUUACUGAUCGGAGAAAAACCAGCUCGACUACAACUCGACACCGGAUCGGACAUUUCGGUCAUCAGCUAUCGUCUAUGGAAGCAACUGGGUAAGCCUCACCUUAACCCUCCGAAGGUAAGAGCAAAAGCAGCUUCUGGAGAUGUAUUCGGCCUUGAAGGUGAGUUCGAAGCCAACGUGGAAAUAAACAACAUGAUCAAGCGAGCAACAAUCCGUGUGUCAAAAGCCGAUCUGUCGUUGCUCGGGGCUGACCUUAUUCAUCUUUUCGGUUUGGCUACGAUCCCAAUGGAUAAUUUUUGUAAUCACAUCAGAACAGCGGAACCACGAUCAUGGGAGGAAAAAUUUCCGACAGUUUUUCACGGAACAGGCCUGUGCACCAAAGUGCAAAUUCAUCUACAGCUGCGACAGGAUAGCCAACCAGUAUUUCGUCCGAAACGUCCGGUCGCAUACGCGAUGGAAGAUGCCGUAAACAAGGAGCUAGAUCGGCUUGAAAAUCUGGGGAUCAUCACACCUUGUGACUUUUCGGAUUGGGCUGCACCAGUCGUUGUGGUUCGGAAAGCAAACGGUGGAAAUAGAAGAGAAGAGCCGACCCCUGCUUACCAUCAACACGCACCGAGGCCUGUAUCAUUAUAACAGGCUCCCUCCAGGCAUCAAAGUGGCGCCUGGUGCUUUCCAACAAAUAAUGGACAAAAUGCUUGCCGGUGUAAAUGGAG